UAGAAGAGUUCCUUAGAGAUUCUUCAAAAAUGGUGGAUCCAGUUAUGGCUUCCUCAACCAAGAAACCAAUCUUCAUCGUAGAUCUGUCCGGACAAAACUCCAACCCUACGAUUCCUGAUUCGUUUGUUUCGAAUCACUUAAAGGGUAAUGUUCAGUCUACGAAACUGAUGAAACUGACUUCAGACGCUUCGGUCAGAACAUGGGAAGUUGAGUUGGACGGUCAAAGGUUCGGCCGCGGUUGGAAACAUUUCUCUGAUCACCACUGUAUCCGAAACGACGACAUUUUGAGCUUCAUGCACGUUGGGGACAUGGUUUUCAACGUUACACCUUUCGGACGCAGUUUCUCUCAGCAGAUUAACUUCAUCUCGUCUACCUCUAAAGCUGAAAAUGAUCGUUCUAAUGAUGAUGAUGAUGAACACAAUAUCUUUGAUGAUGAUGUUUAUGAUGAUGAUGAAGAUGUUGGAGAUGAUGAUGAUGAUGAUGAUGAUGAAGAAUUGUAUCCAGAUAAAACUUUGUCGAAGAAGAGGGCAAGAACAGAAACAGAAUCUUCAUCCGAAAACACUUAUCUUGUUGCGCACGCCACACCUUCAAGCCUAAGUCGAAACCAGAUGUAUCUUCCAAGCAAAUUUGCGAGGGCAAAUGGUCUGAACAACAGACAAUGUGAGAUCGAUCUAAGAAACGAACAUGGAAAGUCUUGGACGCUUGAUCUUACACACCACAAAUCAACUGGUCAAGCAUUUGUCCGUAGUGGCUGGACAAGUUUCUGCAAGGCAAAUGGGAUCAAAGCCGAAUCUUUUCGUAGAUUCAAACUUGUCCAAACCGGAACAAAACCUGUGCUACAGUUGUGUCCCAACACUGAAGGUGGUGAUGAGAUUGAAUCCGAAGACUGCUCAGAGCCUUCUUCAAUGAAUCAGAACAAGAUUGUGGCAUUAGAACUUAAACCUUACAUGCUUAAGUCAGGUCGAGUUCGAGUACCUGCAUUAUUCGGAAGAGCUAACGGGAUCAAUGAAGCGGGAAAGAUAACUAUAGUGAACAAAGAUGGCGUAGAGUGGAAGUUACAUCUAGGUGACAUGAAGGGACGUGAGCUAUUCUACAUUAGAGGUUUAAGAGAUUGUUUUGUAGCCAAUGGCAUAAAGAAAGUUGGUGAUUCCUUCACACUAGAGGCUAUCAGAGGAGGAACUAAUGCUAUUCUCAAGAUCUGCUCCAAGGAAGCAUCAUUUGAUGGCUAUAAGACUCCACAGCCAAGGAUGAUUCAAGCGUCACAAGAUGAAGAAAAAAAGGAAACUAAAGUACAAAAGAAAUCUCGAGUUUCUGCAGUAGGACCAUCUCACCGUACUAGGGCAUCAAACAGAUCAAGUGUUGGUCCAUCAAACUUGCAGCCCAAGCAACCUCCUCAACCUUGCUCUAUCUCUGAUCAAGUAGCAAAGGUGAAGCAGUGUGUCGUGGAUGCUUUAACCGAUGUAAGACAGUUUCGGUCAGAGCUCGAGGUGAAGGAACGUAAUCUAGAAGCUGCGCUGUUGGAAAUUGAUGUAUUAGGUAUGUUAAUCUAAGCAGCUCACGAACAAUGUCUUAAUAUCUUUUUAGUUUAGUUUUUUUUUUGACAAGUGUAAUGUUGGAACAAGCAGGGGAAAAGAUAAUGGGAAUCAGCAAACUCUUCAACAUCAAUCAAGUCUAAAGCAUGAGAAGAUCAGAAAAGUUUGGAGGGACAAGAUCAGAAAAUGAACAAUGUGCUUUUUGAUAGGACGAUGGACUUUAGAAAUUCACAUUCUCUUGCGUUUCUACUUUGAGAUUUUUGUUUAGUCAUAAGUAUCUUAUUCAAACCUAAACAAUUUUAAGUUGAUAAAGGGGAUUGAAUGAGUUUUUUUUCUAGUUGUUGCUCAAAAUUAUAUAAUUCGCUAAACUCAUAAUUAGAGCUUGAUUGGUUUCCCCGCUACCACCCGCAAACGCAGCUUUUGCGGUUGGUAGCGGUUGACAGCGUUUCGAAACAAUCAUACAAACCGCUACAAAUCGCUUUAAACCGCUCCGAACCUCUUAAAAUCAAAAGCUGGUUCCAGCUAGCGUUUGCGGUUGCGGGCGGUUGCGGGAAGAUAAUUUUUUUUUCUUUUUCUU